AAAAACGGUCAUAAAUCACUUUUUUUAAUGCCAUUGUAACUUUGAAUGGUCACUAAAUUAAGUAUUGUAAGUCGAGGACAAAUGAUUGUUCAAUCUUCUAAUCGCGUAAGAUUGCACCAUGGCAGGCUUCUAUCCCACCGGCGGGAAAGGAAGGGACGGGAUUUUAUAUUAAACUAGAGACUCCAGUGAUAACGAAGACGGGUCACAUUUACAGCACUCCACGCACGAAAUCCCCCCUGCCUUCUUCUUUGACGUCAGAAUGGAAGGGCGGAGCUAAGACACGAACAGGAAGAACAGAAAGAGCUAGCCUUGCCCGGAAAUCCUUCGUCGCGUUACGCCCUGGGGCGGGCUGUACUUGUCCCGAGCUCGGCAUGGAGCUACUGAAUCCACGUGUGUCUGCCCGAGCCGCCUAUAAUUCUUUCGUACCGCUCGGUGAACGGGACCGGCCGAAACAACCCCCCGGCCCGCCUCGUGGCGUUUCGCUUUCCCUGAAGCGCCGAGGAGUCAAGAAGCGGCAGCUGAAAGGCUCGGCAGCCGGGAACUGCUCUGCUGCAUCCGAAGCGGCCGACCGGGAGCAGCUUAGAAAUGCGUUCCCGCUUUCGGGUACCAAGGAAAAGCGAAAACUGAAACGGAAUAAUAUCUUGAGUGGCAAAUAUUUGGCUCCCUUGCAGAGCCGUCAGAAAACGUUGCGGAAGAAGACGGAGCGCAGACGGGCAGACCAAAAAGCUCCAGAAUCACCUCCAGCUGCUGCUGCUGCUGCACUGCCCCAUGGAGAAGAGGAACCCUUCUACUCCCGGAAAUUGUCUUCGGGCUAUUCUCUCCGUUCCCUCCUCCAAGAUUUGGGGAACGUCCAGGAUAGCCGGGAGCGAGCUGCCAAACUGUUCCACUGGCUCAUAGCUCCUGUUUCCUCGCAGGAAUUCUUUGAUCAGUACUGGGAGAAGUCACCGCUUCUGAUUCACAGGCACAACCCAAAUUAUUAUCAGGACCUCUUCUCUACUGCUGAGUUUGAUAACAUCCUACGCAACCACAAUGUCCAAUUUGGUGUCAACUUGGAUGUGACUAGUUAUGAGGAUGGGAAGAGGGAGACCCAUAAUCCUGUGGGCAGGGCAGUGCCGGCUGUGGUCUGGGACUUUUACAGGAACGGCUGUUCCCUCAGGAUGCUGAACCCUCAGGCCUUUUCAGUUACCCUCUGGCAUGUCCUGUCUAUCCUACAGGAGCAGUUCAGCAGUAUGGUUGGUGCCAACACUUAUCUGACUCCUGCUGGAACUCAAGGCUUUGCCCCUCAUUAUGAUGAUAUUGAAGCAUUUGUGAUCCAGCUGGAAGGAAAGAAGCAUUGGCGGGUUUAUGCCCCCAGACUGCAGGAUGAGAUAUUGCCUCAGUUUUCAAGUAGCAAUUUUAGCCAGAUGGAGAUUGGUGAACCGAUUCUGGAGACUGUCUUAGAAGCUGGGGACCUGCUAUACUUCCCCCGUGGGUUUAUACAUCAGGGGAAUUGCCUCCCAGAGGCUCAUUCACUCCACAUAACAGUUUCCUCCUAUCAGCGAAACUCCUGGGGAGAUCUGUUGGAAAAACUUCUCCCUGUAACAUUGAAGAUGGCCAUUGAAGAAGACAUUGAAUAUCGCCAAGGUCUCCCUGUGGACUAUCUGGAAUACAUGGGAGUCAUAAACACUGAUGCUGAUGAUCCACGCCGAACUCUGUUUUUGCAGAAAAUCAGGACUCUAGUCACAAAACUAAUGGAUUAUGCACCAGUUGAUGCUGCAGUGGAUCAAAAAGCCAAGUCUUUUCUUCAUGACUGUCUUCCUCCAGUGCUGACUGAGACUGAAAAAGCACUGAGUGUUUUCAGGCAUCCAGCACGGUGGGAGAAUGGAAAUGUGCAAAAUGUUGAUGUCCAGCUUGAGAAAACUACACAAAUACGUUUACUUCGAUAUGGCAUUGUCAGGUUGUGCAAUGAAGGAGAUGCUACAUUGUUGUAUUAUACCACAGAAAACUCAAGAGUGUACCACAAGGAGGAGCCUAAGUAUUGUGAAAUAGAGUCUGAAUACAUAGAGGGAAUUGAAUUUUUGCUCUCCUGUUACCCAAAUUACAUCUCUGUGGAUGCCCUUCCUUGUGGUUCUUUGAACGAUAAGAUUGCUUUGGCAACUUUUUUAUUCGAGAAGGGAUUGGUGAUUACUAAAAAACCUCUUUUAUCUGGUAACAUAAAAAUAAAUGGAUUGUAAGAAGUUAUUUUUCUUCUACUUACUAGUAUAUUUAUGAUAGUAAUCCAAAGCUUUGAAAACUUCCUGCUUGGUAUUUGUGUUUGAUCUGCACAGAUAAAGAGAUACAUAUAUAUAUAUUAGAUAAACUAUAGAAAGAUAAAAGAUGUAAUUUGAUCUGCUUUUUAAAAUGUUUAUAACAUGUUUAUUCUUAACUUUGGAAGUCAGUUUUUGUCUUUUAAAAUGUGAGCUAGGUUAAAGUAAUGAAAAAAAUUAUUCCAAUAAAAGAUUGCAACAAACCUAUAUGGUAGACUUAAAGCUUUUUGACUUGGAAAAAUGUAAAGAUUUUUUUAUUUAAGCCCACUGUAUGUGAUUAGAAAUUUAAAAAGCAGGAGAUCUACAUGUAAUAUAGUUGAUUAGCGUAGAGCAGAGAAAGCCAAAUCCAGCACUAGUUCCACUAUUACCUUGUGCAACUCUUUACAUUGAUCCUACAGACUUUACAAACUAAGCAAAACAUAUUUGGCAGAAUUCAUUUCUACUCACAAUUUUUAAAGCUCAGAUUUUAUAAUAUAUAUAUAUAUUAUUUCAGAGACCCUUUUCUCUCUCUGUGUUAUGUGAAACAGAGUAAUAGUUU